AUGACAGCCACUCCCAUCACACAGGAGGCACGCUCCCAGCACCUACAGGCCGUGCGGCAGCGCCUCGUCUCCAAUGCGCCUCUGUACGGUUUUCUGCUCUCACCCUCCACCAUUGUCAGAUCCUCGGCUGGCGAGGUCGUCCUCCACCUGCCCCUCGAGGCGUCCCAUGUCAACUCCAGAGGCACGCUCCACGGCGCCGUCUCCUCCGCCAUUGUCGACUUUAGCACCGGCCUUGCCAUUGCCUCGCACGACCUGAGGGACACGACAGGCGCCAGCGUGGACAUGCACGUGAGCUAUCUGGGCACAGCCAAAGUCGGCGACACGCUCGAGAUUGUGGCCACGGCGGAGAAGGUCGGUGGGAGCAUGGCCUUUACCAACUGCAAGAUCAACCGCAUCGAUGGCGAUGACAGGGUGCCGGUCAGCAUGGGGAGGCAUACCAAAUUCGUCAAGAUUGGCCAGAAGAAGCCAGAGGAGAAGAACCAGGGAUGA